GCUAAUCAAUACCUACCUGACCUAUACGGUACCUACCUACCUAACCUCAUGUCUGCCCAAGAGCUUCGAGCGUCGCUGGACCGCGAUGGCUUCGUCAUCAUCCCGGCUCUGCUGUCUACCGACGAGGAGCUUGAUCGAUACCGUCACGCCUGUCAGCGCACAGUCCAGCAAGCACGGUCGGGCCAGUGGCCUUUUGUUCGGACUCUUCCCAAGCAGUUUCCACCGUGGAAUGCAGCAGACGCCACGCAGCAGGGCAUAUGGGGAGUGCAGCAUCUCUUGCAUCCAGACUUGCGAGAUCGAGACAUCUUCGCAGAGUCCUAUUUCCACGAUAAGAUCAUAGACGUCGUUGUCAAGCUCCUCGAUUGCUCGAGAGAUGACUUGGUUUUGGAGCUCUAUAAUCUACUCUGCAGACCAGAUCAUGACUUCGCGUUGAGGUGGCACCGAGACAACAUUGGACCGGAUGCAUCUGCGGAAGACGAGCUGCGGCUUUUACGCGAACCCGUGAUUCAUGCGCAGUGGAAUCUGGCACUGUACGAGGACAGCUCGCUGGUGGUAGUUCCCGGCUCUCAUAGGCGUGUCAGAACCGAUAUGGAGCGAGGCGCUGAUCCAUUCGAGGAUGACAUGCCUGGUCAGAUGGUAGUAAAGCUGCGACCUGGCGAUGUGGCAUUCUACAACAAUAACAUACUUCAUCGUGGCUUGUAUGACUGCCAGACAGAACGCAUGACUCUCCACGGCAGUAUGGGCAUCGCCAAAUCAGAUCCAGAACGAGCUCGAAAUAUUCUGCAGCAUGGAAUUGGCUCGUGGGCUGCCGACGCUGACUUCAAUAUGUUACCCUCAACUAUGAAUCAAUUGGCAGAAGCCAUGAAGCAGCGCCUGAUAUCUAUGGGUAGUGGUGAUGUAGGAUAUACCCACCAGGAUUGAUGGCAGCACAAUCGAGAUAGUCGAUGCCAAGCAGUGCUGCCUUGCUGUACAUACAGUAGACAAGCUGCUCGCUGAUAGCCUCC